GUUUCACCAGAGACUUGUUUGUUCGGCGACUCCAUGUCGUAGCGCUGUGAAUAAGCCUUUAGGUUUGAAGUUAGCGCUUUUUGGAACAUCGACGCUGUAGACCUUUUCUUUUGUUAAAAGUCCUCCUUAUCGGAAAGGCAAAAUGGUGAAACCAGGAGAGAAGAAAGGCAAAAGUGCCAUCAAUGAAGUUGUAACACGAGAAUACACAGUGAAUCUCCACAAACGUCUUCAUGGCAUUGGUUUCAAAUACCGAGCACCAAGAGCAAUCAAGGAAAUUCGUAAAUUCGCUGAAAAACAAAUGGGAACUCCAGAUGUUCGAAUUGAUACACGUCUAAACAAACAAUUAUGGUCCAAAGGAAUUAGAAAUGUACCUUUCCGUGUUCGUGUGAGGCUCAGCAGGAGGAGAAACGACGACGAGGAUUCAGUAAACAAAUUAUAUACUCUUGUUACAUAUAUUCCCGUCGGUACAUUCAAGGGUCUCCAAACAGAAAAUGUAGACGCGAGUCAAGAUUAAAUUUCUAAUUAAUAAAUUCCUUUGAUCAUAAA